UGGACCGAUUACUUUGCAAUAUUCGAUGUUAUUCGAGAUUCCCUACCAUCUGUGCCUCUGAUGGAAAAACAUACCAUGGUUUCUGUGAGCUGACGCGUGCAAGAUGCAGGAGCAAGACAAAUAUCAAAUUUGUGAAAUAUGGAAAAUGUAAGAAUAUAUCCAAUACAAGAAACUUACAUUUACGAUGAUGCAUUGUUACAUCACUGUGGUUGCUUGGAUCACCAUGCAAUAAUAAUGUAGAAUGCUGCUAACUAACAGACACACUUUUUACAUGGAUAGUCAAGAUUUAAUUCUUGAGUCAAGAAUUACUGGCUUUUUAACGCACAUCACUGAAUGAAUAUAUGAAUGAAUAAAAGUCAGACUCGUACCCAUUCGUCAACGCUAUAAAUUAUACAAUUUAUGAUCAUUCCCAUCAUGCACCAUUAUUUCUUGCAAUCCUCGUUCAGGGACAGGGUAUGAGUACGUGAAUAUAAUUAUCGUAUCCCCCAACCGAUCAUUGAUAUAAUAAUGAACGUCCCCAACACGCGAGAAAGCAAGCGUUCUGUUGCAAUAUAUGGAUUUUUGCAUAUCCACAUCACAAAUAAUGUCCAAAUUUCAAAAAGAGGACUAAAACCCAUUUUGUCUAGUACGUUUUCCUUCAUUUUUCAUAUAGGUCCAACAUGCCAGGUGAAAGAACCCAUUCGAUGUGCAGUGCCAGCAUGUUUCUUUCCAAGCUGUCCUGCCUAUCCUAAAGCAACUUGUGUAAGCUUCUGUGCUUGCAAAUCAGAAUACUAUUAUCGAAGACGCAGGGUUAACUGCUCCCCAAGUAAGUACUCAACUCACUCAUAGGAUGAACCCAUAACUAAGUCCUGUGAAUGCAUCAUGCAGUCUAAGCGCUUUCUUCCAUUGAAUACAACGUUAGAAAGAAUUUGGACAGGCUGUCUGCCUGUGUAUCCUGCAUGCACAUUUCCAACAUUAUAUGAGGAGAAAGGGGGCAAUGAAUAUAUUGUCUCGAUACGUUUUGCACGUGUUUGUAGAUUGGACAAUACUUAUUGAGAUCUUAAGAAAGCGAGGGUUUUUACAACACGGACCGUGAGCUGUUCGUGCUUGAAAUCAAGAACGGCAGUCGAAUAAAAAACGUCACUUGCGUGCGCUCUCUAAUAUGUGUCUCGACCUUGAGCUCAAACACAUGAAGUUUUUGGCAAAAGCCAAAUUAUUUAUUGAUUCCCCUGCUAAUUCUGUUUCAUCACGGGAUAAUUACGAGGAAACGAAAUUUUGGCUGAAAAACUUAGUUAAUUAUAAAGUCAAUCAAUCUUUGAUCACCAAAUGAUUUUCCUUGUAAUAAAUUUUCUUUUUUGAUUUAUAGCUACCCGGACCAAUCCAUGUAAUUUGAAAUUUUGUGGUAAAGACGGCAUAUGUAAAGUUGUUAAAGGAAAGGCUGUUUGUGUAUCAAAAGGUAUACAGUCAAAAGUUAUUCGAAAUUUGAAUGAUUUUGGUCUAUUCUGCCGAACAACAGAAAAAGCCUGUUUCCAAGAACUUGCAUGA